ACAAAAAGUUGGUCCCACAUGCAAAUCUGACCGUCCUCCAUUCCCCAUCAACACUCUAAAUUCAAGCUCCAACCAACACCAAAAACACCCAAGCUUUUCCCUGCUUGACCCACCAACGGCCCUGCAAACAACAUGCGUUUUAAAGGGUAAAGGGUCGAGAAGAAGAGAAAGAGAAGACUGCUCCUCACUGCUCUUCUUUGAUUUUCCCCAUUUACAAGCUUAAAUUCUAGGGUUUGUAUGAUUGCAUUACAAAUUGCAACUCUUCUUUUUUAAAAAUUUACCCCUUCUUUUUGCAGUGGCCACUUUUUGUUUUAGACACUGUUAAAGAAGAAAUCAUGAAAUUUCCAAUAACCAAACAGGACCUAAUUCCGUGUUUCAUUUUCAUACGCAGCUCAUAUUUCACUUUCUUGUAAUAUUUCCCACUCCAAGAUUUCAUCUUUGUCUCUUUUCCUUUCUGGGUUUUCUUACAAAUAGAAAAAUACUUGUUCUUGCAAGAAAAAGAUUUGAUUUUUCGUUCAUUUCUUGUACAUCCCAACCCCUAGAUUAUACUUAUUUGCUUUUUAAAAGCCCCCGUUUUGGAUGCCAAAAUCUACUGAACCUGAAGAUGGAUCUGAAUAUAAUACAGAUAUAUUGAAGAUCCGUUCUUUUAACCUUUCUUGGCCUUAUCUAGCAAACCCCAUUUAUCGUUCGACCUAUUUUAUUGCUUCCAUGAAGAGGUCAGUUAGACCCUUAAUAAGCAUUCUGAUGCUUGUUGCGUUGGCUGCAACCUUAAGCUGCCGGAUUGCUAUCCGCCAAGGAGGUAUCUUUACUGUUUCAGCUGAGAUGGGGUCCACCAGUGUCCAAAUCCAACCCCCACCAAUCCAAAAUUUUAACUCUACUUUCCUCAAGUUUGCAGCCACUGAUAUAGGUGAAGAAAAAUCAAAACUUGAAAUAGAGCAGUUGCUGGAAGGGAACUUUGAUAGUCAAGGAAGGUACAAGACUUUUGCAACUUGGAGGAGGUUCAAUCAUCAUGAUGUCAAAGCCAGAAAUUCUAAUGGAUUACAUUUACCGGUAAUGCUCAGGUCCCCGAAAUUUUAUCGGUAUUGGUUAGAUUUUAGGAGGAACUUACAAGACUGGGCAAGAAAAAAGAUGUUUCAACCUGAUAUUAUGAUGCAUUUGGUUAGAUUAGUGAAGAUUCCUAUAGAUGGCCACAAUGGUUUAACGAGUUCAGAUGAAAAGUAUAAAUCUUGUGCUGUCGUUGGAAAUAGUGGAAUUUUGUUGAAUAGUGAUCAUGGGGAGUUGAUUGACAGUCACGAGGUUGUGAUUAGAUUGAACAAUGCUAGGACUGAGAGGUUUGAAAAUAAUGUAGGAUCGAAAAGUAGUAUUUCAUUUGUAAAUAGCAAUAUUCUGCAUCUUUGUGCUAGGAGGCAAGAGUGUUUUUGUCACCCUUAUGGAGGGAAUGUUCCUUUGGUUAUGUACAUUUGUCAACCAGUUCAUUUCAUGGACUACUUGGUGUGCAAUUCGUCUCACAAGGCGCCUUUGUUGAUUACAGAUCCUCGUUUCGACAUGUUGUGUGCUAGGAUUGUGAAGUAUUAUUCAGUGAAACGAUUUGUGGAGGACACAGGAAAAUCAUUGGGUGAAUGGGGAUCUACUCAUGAUGGUUCUAUGUUUCAUUAUUCCUCUGGAAUGCAAGCUGUUAUGCUAGCUUUGGGAAUUUGUGACAAAGUUAGUAUAUUUGGAUUUGGGAAAUCAACUUCUGCCAAGCAUCACUAUCAUACUAAUCAGAAGGCUGAACUCCAAUUACAUGACUAUGAGGCGGAAUAUGCAUUCUAUCAUGAUUUGGUGAAUAAUCCACGUGCAAUACCAUUCAUUCCAGACAAGUUCAGGUUCCCUCCCGUGGUAAUCUAUCAAUGAUUUUGGCCAGUUGAAUCUUCUGCUUUUAUUGUCCUUGUUUUUCUUUGUCAAGGUUAAAUUGUUGUAUUCAUGUUGUAUCUGCAGUUUUCAACUAGAUAGUCGAAAAGAAACACAAUUGCUGAAGAUCUCUGUUUCAUAUUUUGGCCCUGCACUAUCAAAGGUAGUUUAGGGUAAUACGAAAUAUAAAAUUGGAAACUAAUGUGAAUUAAGAUUUGGAUUUUU